AUGUCUACAAAUAUCACUUGGCACCCCUCCCUCACUCGCGCUGAGCGCACCACCCUCCGCAAACAACGCGGCUUCACAAUCUGGUUUACCGGGCUUUCUGCCUCUGGAAAAUCCACCAUUGCCACAGCUCUCGAGCAACAUCUUCUCCAUCUCGGACAUGCCGCAUAUCGUCUCGACGGCGACAAUGUCCGCUUUGGACUCAACAAGGAUCUCGGAUUCGACGAGAAGUCCCGCAACGAGAACAUUCGUCGUAUUGCCGAAGUCGCAAAGUUGUUCGCAGAUAGUUGUACUAUCGCUUUAACAUCGUUUAUCUCCCCCUACAAGGCAGACCGAGCUGUUGCCAGAGAAUUGCAUGAAAAGGCCGCCAAUGGGGAUGAGGCUAUUCCUUUCAUUGAGGUUUUCAUUGAUAUUCCUGUUGAGGAGGCAGAGAAGAGAGAUCCAAAGGGAUUGUAUAAGAAGGCUAGAGCGGGUGAGAUUAAGGACUUCACUGGUAUUAGUGCGCCAUACGAGGAGCCCGAAAAGGCAGAGAUUCAUUUGAGGACGGAUAAGCUGAGUGUGGAGGAGUGUGUGCAGAAGAUUGUGGAGUAUUUGGAGAAGGAGAAGUUGUUGAAAUUGUAA